AUGCAUUAUCGAUCGAAAUACAGUUCCUUUCAACUUUUCGCCAAGCUUCUCAUGAUGUAUGAUGAUUCAACAUCACAAGAAAGGAUAGAGAAGAAGAUACAGAAUGCUCCACCUGGUCAAGGCACUGUUAGGAUGCUUUCUCGAGAGGAAUGGGGAGAAUUUAGAGAAGUCCGACCAAGAACUCCAUUUGAAUCUAAACUUGCUCGACCUAAUGCACGAAUAAGAACAGGGGAGCCUCUACACAUGGAGGAUGUUAAGGAUUGGACAAUUGAUGUGUUGGCAGAUGCUCUUACAAGGGCUGAAGAAUGUGUGAAACAGGGAUCAAAGUAG